AUGACACCCACACCACCAUCCACAACCUCAUCCAGUGCGGGUGCCCAUUCUCCCGAGUUCAGGGUUAUCCGCAAGCGAAAUCGGGUGCCCUUAUCGUGCGCACCCUGCCGCCACCGGAAGCUGAAAUGUAACCGCGCCCACCCCUGCGAGAACUGCGUCAAACGAGGUGAUGCAAGCUCCUGCAACUAUGCCCAGGUCAGCACCCGCAAGAAGAGUUCCCCACAGCAGACGUCGCCUAGUUCGCCCGAUGAUAUGCAGAACCGGAUUGACCGCUUGGAGGGAUUGGUUUUGUCGUUGAUGACCAAUGGUAACCAGUCAGCGGGUCCAACGGCUGCUCUGGCAGCGAUUUCGGGUGAGAGUAGUGCUGGGUCAACCGGGUUAUCGAAUGAGAUUGACGUCGAUGAUAUCGAGGAUGAUGCCGAGGGGAAUCCAGAAGAGAGCGAUACAGAGCAGGUGACUAAAUCGUUCGGUGUCAUGAAGAUGGAUAGUGGAAAGUCCUAUUAUAUCAGCGAAGCCCACUGGGCUUCGGUACUGAACGAUAUUUACGAAGUCAGGAACUUCUUCACAACACAUAAGAAGCAGUUCGAGGAGCAAGCAGAGAAAGUGAAAGCUGCGCAACCACAGACUGAUAACCCGGGAGGAUCGUCACUACUCUUUGGUGCCAUGAAGCCAUUGAGUCGAGCCGAGAUCAUGGCGACCUUACCCUCAAAAUACACUACGGACCUCCUCGUUGCCCGCUACUUCAACAGCUACGACCCUGCUACGCACAUUCUCCAUGGCCCGACAUUCCAAGCACAGUAUGACAAACACUGGGAGGAUCCCACGCAAACGGAGCUGGUGUGGAUUGCGAUGCUCUUUGCCAUGAUGAGACUGGCGAUGUUGUCAUACCACCGAGAAGGCGACGAGCCGCCAGAGUUCCGUGGCAAGGCAAUGGAUAUGGCCGGGUCAUUCAGGAACUCGGUGGCGCAAUGUUUGACCCUGGCCGACUACACAAAACCACAUCGUUUUCUGAUCGAGGCACUCGUGUUCCAUUUACAUGGUGACUUCUCGCAGACGCGGGACGCAGAUGUGUCAGUUUGGGUCCUGACGGGUGUAAUUUCCCGUCUGGCGAUGCGCAUGGGAUACCACCGUGACUCGAAGAUGUUCCCCAACAUCACGCCAUUCCAGGGCGAGAUGCGACGGCGAGUAUGGUCCUUCGUGCGACAAGCAGACCUGUUGUUCUCGUUCCAGGUCGGCAUGCCGAGCAUGCUGCGUACUGCGGAUGCUGAUACGGAACUACCGCGGAACCUGUACGAUGAUGACUUCGACGAAGACUGUAAGGAGCUGCCGCCACCGCGCCAGCUGAGCGAGCCGACGCCCAUCUCGUAUUUGAUUACUAAGGCUCGUCUGUCGUAUGCCUUUGGUCGGGUCAAUGAGCAGUACUCGGCUAUUGCGUCUUGCUCGUAUGACAAAGUCAUGGAAAUUGAUGCUGAUCUUCGACGGGGGCGGGAUUUGAUUCCUGAUCACUUGCAGAUUCGUCCAUUAGACGAGUGUCAGCUUGACCCCGUCAACUUGAUCAUCUCCCGCUUUUCUGUGAUGGCCGUCUACCACAAAGCACAAUGCGUGCUCCACCGACCAUACCUAGUUCGUGCCCGGGAAAAUCCCCGCUUCACUUACUCCCGGCGCACCUGCAUCGAUUCCGCCCUUGAACUCCUCGAGUACCAGGCGAUCCUGCACGCAGAAACGCGCAACGGGCGCCUCCGCGGCCGCAGCAAUCUCAUUACCUCCCUCAGCACCGCCGACUUUCUCCUCGCCGCCACAAUUGUCUGCCUAGACCUGUACCAAGGCUUCCAGCUGCAAGGCUCGGGGCGUGCCUCUGGUGACACAUACACGUGGGGCCGGGAGCGGCGCGAUGAGAUGGUGGCGGCGAUUCAGCGCUCGAAAGAGAUCUGGGACAAGGGGCGCGACGAUAGCAUGGAGGCGUUCAAAGCGAGCUCUGUGCUUGGCGUCAUGCUGACCAAGCUGCAAAGCGCUGUCCCGGGGCUUGAGAAUAGCGCCGGCAACGGUGGCGCGAUGUUCGAGCCGCAGGAUGAGAAGCAGAAUGCGGCUAUGACUCUCGGCCUGUUGAGCAGCGGCAUGAGCCCAAUGAACUCAGCCCCGUCAGGACUGACCCCGUUCACGGACCCCAUGUUCAAGAUGGCAGACUCACCUAUGCCGAUUGGUGGUGUGGCGGCACCUACGGCUGAAGUGUCGGGCCCGCUGUCGCCAUUUAGCAGCAUGUUCGGGACGAUGCCGGACAUGCAGGUUAAUAUUGACUGGGAUGCAUGGGAUACAUACAUCCAAAACCCAACUUUCGACACCUCAAACCAAUUCUGGCCCAUGAUGGACCCCCAGCGCCAACCCACGCCGCAGGGAGUUGCCUUGACUCAGCCGCCCGUGUCUAGUCAUCUAGGUACAACGCGUGUCCCGUCGGUGUCUAACAGCGCUUCGGCGCAGCAUCUUCCAAAUAUCUUUUCCCCUCCAGGCACGUCAUCCGACAGCGGCACGUCCUCCGUGCCAGGCUUCACGCCCAUGUCCUCGCAGUCGGGUGAUAGUGGCCGCAGGCAAGGUCCGCUGCACUGUCUUCGGCGAGCCUCAUCACGGCUCCUCUGCUCAUCACUAUCCUCCUCAUCCGCAUCAGUCGUGCGGUCACGUUGCGCUGUGACACCCAUCUCCAUCUCAAAUAACCCCUCGCAAACCCCAUACCGUGUAGCCCUUCAAAUCCGAUGGAAAUCCGAUCAUCAUAAUGCAGCGCCCUCGCAGCGCCCCGAAGAUCGCGACAAACUAGCUGCAGAAGCCGAGGGACUACAAAAGCCGCGACCAAGCCCCUCGAAGCGUGAGGAGCGGCAUCGACUCCUGGACGAGGCAUCCGGAAUUCGCCAGGCCAAAGUCCCAGCCAACGAGACGGUCUACGUUGGCAAUCUGUUCUACGACAUCACUGCUGAAGACCUGCGAAAGCAGAUGGAGAAGUACGGGACGGUCCUGCAUACUAUGAUCGUCCAUGAUAACCGGGGUCUCAGUAAAGGAUUCGGCUACGCACAAUUUAACACCAUUGAAGAGGCCACCAUGGCCGUCGAAAAUAUGCACCUCACCGUGCUUGAGGGCCGCCAAGUUAUCGUGCAAUAUGCCCGCAGCCAAUUCAAUUAUCGGCGCGGUUCUUCCCACCCGCCCACAGACACGCUCUUUCUCGGCGGCAUCCCCUUUGAGCUGACAGACCGGGACCUGCAGGAUCUCUUUCACGAUAUCAAGAAUUUAACCGAUGUCCGUAUUCCUGUGGACCGGAGAACGGGUAUGCCGCGCGGCUUUGCGCAUGUGGAGUUUAUUAGUGUUGAGGCGGCGACGCAGGCCAGGGAGAUCUUGUCGAGGAAGGCACCGUAUGGGAGGAAGAUGAAGGUCGAGUUUGCAGAGAGAAAGAGGGUCGGGAUGAUGAAGCCUAUGCUGGAGCCGGUGGACGAGGAACAGGCGAAGGCGGAGAGGAUGGCUAAGAGGAGGGAUAGGGAGAGAUUGGAGGAGGAGAGGAAGGAGGAGAGGAAGGAGGAGAGGAAGGAGGAGAGGAAGGAGGAGGAAUUGAAGGUGGAAGCGGAAGUGCAUGAGGAGACAUCCGUGGAGGAAAAGAAGCCUUAG